CGUCCCCGCAGCACUCUUAACAACAUUCCACCUCCUGCUGACUUCCCCCCGUACGUACUCGUCCGGCGCGCCAUUUAUUAGUCCGUUGACGCCCUCCGAAUUUAUUCCUUCGCCCCCUGAGCUGCCGCAUAGGACUACUCUGAAGGUUCUUCCUCUUGAGGAGGAAGGGUCUAGGAGGCUUGGUCCAGUCAACUACGGUUGCGAAAGUUUUCGCCCUCCUUAACACGCAGUCGCGUAAAUCAACUCUUCUUUUCAACCCUUAUUUCACUUUCACCCUUUGUUAAGUCCUUAUCCCGUGUGCAUCGUCGCAGCGCACAUGGUUAUGGCACCGACUGCGUGUAUACCUGCUGAAGUAUGCAUGACAAAACAUUGUCAAGACAAAAGCGACUUCAAUUAUAAUCAUAAGUUUAGUCAAGUCAGCAAUUAUGGAGGGGAUGAUCUCUCGCAAUCCAGGUUGGCGGCCAAAGAUCUCGUUUUGAACGUGCUGAAGAAGCGCGCGGGCGAAGUUGAUGUUGACCGCUGCGCUCCUGGAGAUGAGGAUGCGUUCUAUGUGGCGGACAUGGGCGAGGUCUACCGACAGCAUUUACGCUGGAAAAUGAACUUAGGCCGGGUCAAACCUUUUUAUGCGGUCAAGUGCAACCCGGACCCGGAGAUUCUUCGCCUUAUGGCCAAGCUUGGCAACGGCUUCGACUGCGCGUCGAAGGCCGAGAUCGACCUAGCUCUCGACACGGGCAUUGAUCCCAGUCGUAUCAUCUACGCGCAGCCCUGCAAGACCAAGUCUUACCUACGCUACGCGGCUCAAGUGGGCGUCAAGCAGAUGACCUUUGACAACGCCGACGAACUGUACAAGAUCAAGGCCUGCUUCCCGGAUGCAGAACUCUACCUGCGCAUCCUGACGGAUGACUCCACCAGCUUAUGCCGCCUGAGCAUGAAGUUUGGUGCUUCUUUGGAUAUUGCCCGUCACCUGCUUGAGUUGGCCCUCCAACUCGAGCUGAAGGUUGUUGGUGUCAGCUUCCACGUUGGCUCGGGUGCCGAAGACCCUGCCGCCUUCGUCAAGGCCGUCCAGGAUGCCCGCAUGGUCUUUGACCAGGCUGCCGAAAUUGGCCACGAACUGCACACCUUGGAUGUCGGCGGUGGCUUUACUCAGGAGACUUUUGAAAAGUUUGCUGGGGUCCUGAGCGAUGCAUUGGAUGUGUAUUUCCCGCCACAUGUCCGUGUCAUCGCUGAGCCUGGUCGCUAUUACGUGGCGAGCGCCUUCACCCUGGCAGCCAAUGUGAUUGCUCGUCGGGAUGUGCGAGAUCCCGAGGAUCCGGCCAAUGAUGCUUAUAUGGUCUAUCUCAACGAUGGAGUCUAUGGGAACUUCUCCAAUAUCAUCUUUGACCACCAGCAUCCGAUUGCCCAAAUUCUGACCUGUGCGAAUGCCUCGAAUGCUGCGACUUCAGAAGGCAUCGCCUAUUCCAUUUGGGGACCCACCUGCGAUGGCAUCGACGUCAUUACCCAACGGAUCACUUUGCCCGGUCUGCUGGACGUCGGUGACUGGCUGUUCUUCGAGGACAUGGGGGCUUACACAAAGUGUAGCGCCACCCGUUUCAAUGGCUUCUCUGACAAUCACGAGGUGAUCUACAUCUCGAGCGAAGCCGGCGCUUCUGCUCUUCUCGAGUAUUAGCACUCUUUAGCUCUUAUUAUUUCUAUUUUUGCACCACUUCCUAUAGGUUUAAUGCGGAGAGUGCAGAGUCAUUGAUUGGAAACUUGCUUGUAUUGUUUGAAUUAUUAGUUUUGUUUAUAUUGUGGUUUUAUAUUAUGUUCCAAGUAGAUCUCGGGGUUAGAAUUGAGUUGUUUAUAGGUUAUAGCCUC